ACACCACGCUCAAAAUGCUUGUUUCUCUGAAAGUCAACUAUCAGAUUCGAGGCCACACUAUAACAACCCUGCUACAACAGGAUUCAUAAAUUCUAAAAGAUUUUCCAGUUCGGGGCUGCUCCAUGCUCCUGCUGGAGCACGACAAAUGGUAUUACACUCGACCGGCCAGCAGAGCGGCACGUCUAUGUGUGCGACGAAUCUAGCGGAAACGAUUAUGAUCGAUCGUCCAAUAUCCCGAUACGUCGUAUAUUUAAAGAAGUACAUCAAAAUCCUCUGUAGAAAAAAAUCUAUAUAUCUGACAAAUUUAAUAUACGGCUGACAUUAUUACUACUACGUUCAUGUAUAACAGAUAGUAUAUAAUGGACUGUAACAUAUGUGACAGAUUAAACUAAGGAUAAAAUAGACAUAAGAGUUUCGAGAGCGUACUAAAAGUAUCUUUCUCAUUCGGACAAAAGAGGAUAGUCGCUUUUAUCUUUCUUUCAAGAAUGAAAAUGAUAAUUCUCAGCGAAAAAGCACGAAUUUUCAUAGUGGAACGAAAGAGAGCGACACAGUACUGUUCUUUUAAGUCCCAUUGAUCUAUAGAGAGUCAAGUUAAGUUUCAAGAAUAGCUACUGACAUUAUUUAUCAAUCUUGCUACUACAUUUUUCACGCAGCCGUAACGUUUCGUUUCCUCACUCGCAACGGCAAGAGAAUCGCGCGGAAUCGCUCGUGAUGCAUUUCGGCCGCGCGAACACGGAUAGAGGCCCCGCAGUGGUCCAUGGGGAGAUAUCUCCGUAAGAAACCGUAUCAUCUCGUGAGACGUCGCCGCUCUCCGAUUUCAAAAGAGCUUUCUUCGAAGCUCUCAGCACGAACGGUAGCAAAAACGUUUUACAAGAAAUAAACGUUCUUCUAUCUCUUUCUUUCUCUUUUUCUGUUUCUUUUAUGUGAUUAAUAAUUGAUGAUGAUGUUAAGAUAUAAUAUAUAAGUACAUCUAGAGAAAUCGCGUUUCCGUUGGCAAUUACUCGUCGAAGAAAUUAUUUUUGGACACGUUGAAUCGAUGCCGACAUAUUUCGCGUCGAAAAUUCUGAUGCCAUCUCCGAAAACGAAGAAAACGAGUUUCGAGAUAUGGUUGAUAACGUUAACGCACGAUUCGUACCUUUCUCUCUUCUAUAAUUGUUCUACAAGGUGAUUCUACAAGUUCAAGAUCUCUCCGGUAUCAUUAAUAUGAAUAUAUUAAUUAUAGUAAUCUGAUUGAUUAUUAGAAACUCUUUAAAACAUGAGUUGUUAAAAUUUUAUAAAGAAUAUUUCAACAAGACUAACAGACAAAACACUUAUGAAAUAACUGUCAAAAAAUCUCAAGUUCCUCCAUUAGCAGAAAUCUCCAUUGAACGAUCUAGAGUUGGUACACCAACCGCAACGAAUCAGCGCAACGAGUUCGUUCUACAACCGCCGACGUUUUUUAGUGCGCUUAUCAAGCUGCAUGUUCGCCGGAUGAUUUAUCUACCGCAACAGAAUCUCUCUUACGAGCGCUUAUCUCAUUCCACGUCGUUCGCCAUCCACCUUCGAGAUAACGUUCGGUUUGGUCCUCAACUGACAGGACAAGGUCGUGAAGGUAGGAAACUCGGUUCCGAAGAGCAGAGGGAGAGACAUGAGGCACAUUGUUCCCUCACGGAAUCCGGAGGUUCGCGCAAUUAUUUUCGAGCGGCCAUCCGACGAACGGAAAUCCACUCCGUCGUCGUGAAACAAAGUCCUCUCUCCCUUUCUCUCGGGAGGGUUUCGAGGGACAAAACGAGCGGCAAGAGGGAAAGAGGAUAUACACGAGAGAGGAUCCUCUCGGGGCACGCAGUUUCCAGCGUUAUCGAUCUCCUCGUCCUCAUCUUCUGCUUUCACGACUUCUGUCCUUCGCGCGCGCAGGAAGGCUCCCUAUUUCUUUCCCUCUGUUCCGGAGAAAGGGAGAACGAAGAGAUAGGGUUUCGCUUUUCCUCGCGAAACCUUAAGCCGCCGUUAUUACGACUUUCACUUAACACCACGCAAUUUUCGGCCUACGCCCUUUGCCGUAGCUGGGGAAACCGGAUACGCUGAGCUUUAUCCGUUCCAUGAUCAGAGCUACUCCGUUUUCCAGUCUAAAAGACGAUACGUCUGAUUGUCUCUGCGAAUUCUGCACAAGAAGUGUUUCAGAUUUCCCAGACUCAUUUUUCAGUGACAUAAUUCUGCGAUCAUCUCGACGACGAUCUUUCUAAACGAAAUGAAAACUCACAUCUUAUUCUCUACAACUGUUUCAUUAGAUUUCUUAGAACCAAAAACUUAAAGCUUGAAACUCUUGAUUUUUUAUUUUUAAAAACAUUUUUAUUACAUUAAAAUUAUGAAAUAGAAGUAACUUGAAAGAUGAUUUUUUUCUUAUCGUACAACUGUCUUUCUAGUUGCUGUUCAAAGUUUCUAAGAAUUUAAUUUUUCAUUAUUAAUAUCUUUUAAUGUAUAAAUAAUUGUUCCGUAAAUAAAACUAGAAAACAGAUUAAUUAUAUAAAUAAAUUACUCAUUCAAAUCUAACAAAGAAUAAGCUCUCUAUUGUCUGCAUCUUCAAAGCUUCGGUUUUGUUAAAGAAAAAUUGAUACCGGAUUAGCUGAAAAAAGGAACAAAGGAUGAUUCUGGGACGUUUCAUGCAACACAACUGAUUAUCCUUUAUCCUGCCGUUUAUUCGAAACGAAAUAUCGAUGCUCCUAUUUCAAGACACUGACUCGGCGGCCUAUCUAUAAUGAAUUUAACGUUGCCUCUCUCGCCACGAUAAAAAUCGAUUUGCUCACGGCGAUUCGGAUUGUGAUCCGGAUUACGAUACCGAUAGCCGUAUUCGACUAACCGAGAUCGACUUCCCGUUUGGAUCGGGGGAGACUAUUGCGGAUUCCGGCAGUGCAAAUAUAUAUGGAAAUCAAAUAUCGGCUGCCGUCGCCCGCAAUAAGUUGACUCCUGAUAUUUAUUUAAAAAAUUUUGAACCGGAGUAGCCGAAUCGAUCGGAUAAACCGCUUCAUCGUAAUCGGCUACGUGGAUUAUUUAUCCAUGGAUUAUUCAUCCGUCAUUCUUGUUCAGGCUAAUUCUUGGAUAUCGCAAAUUUUCAGAUUCAACCGAAUUUUUCCCAUAAAUUCGCAGAUCUGUUAAACGAAUAAAUUUGAUGUUAUUGCCCGCAUUUGUUUUACUGUUUAUCGGUAUUAAUUAUCUUUUUAUUUCUGAAAAUGUAAUCACAGGUGUUGUUACAACUUUCGUCACAAUUUUUGUUAUUAGUAUAUCCGGUUCAUUGCUGUAAAUAUUACAUUUACAUUUUCCCAGAACAAAUAUAUGGCGCUCUAUAAAAAAGGAACUUGUUCAGGAAUAAAAAAUAUCUCUCUCUACGUGAUAUUUUUUUAUAUCGGAGAAAUGGAGACUUUUUACGAGUAACCUGUGUAUCACUCGAUUACCAUGAAAAAGCCGCCGCGACUUUUUCUCGCACGUGAAAAGAAACUCGCGUGGCGGAAUUGAGGCGUACUCCGGCGAGCAGUAUAAGGUAACAGGUAUCAGAAUAAGGUCCCUUUCAGGCUGUUCUUACAUUUUCCGCUCGGCCGCUCGCCUGGAAGUACAAAACGGGGCGCAACGACGACUUUGCAAAAACGACGACGACAAAGGGAAACAACCACUCGCGGAGAAUCGACGUGCGUCGACUGCUACUGCUAUCAACGUGAAAGAAAGAAUAAAAAGAAAGAAAGAGAGAGAGAAAAAGAGAGACAGAGGGCGAGAUAGAGAAAAGGCUUAACGGAAGCAGAUAAAAAGCAGGAAGAAGAGAAGAAGACGCGUGAACAAGACGAACGCGCGAUAUGAAAGAGAGGAAGGAGUAUAUAUAGCAGUAAUUCGCGACAAUAAUGCCGACGGGAUCUCUAAAGAACUGCGAAACAAUACCACCAUUCUGUCAAUUCUUUCCUGCCUUCUUUGUCGCGUACAGCGUGACUUCAAGUUCGUGGUAACGACGAUGCGCGCGAACUGCACCACUUAAAGGAUCAGUAGUACAGCUCAGAAAAAGUUAGAAAAUCCAGGAAAAGUGUCGGUGUAUCAGAAGAUCUACGCCAUUAGAGAGAAGCGUGUUCAAUGCUUGACUAUCCGUUUCCUCAAAAUUAUUUUCCUCGAUGAUAAAUUUGUCUGUAAUACGUUUUACCAACGAUAUUAACACCGAAGUUUCCUUAAAAAGAAAAUCGUAUAUUGUAUAUUACUUCAAUAUUGUUAUUACUACUCUGGUAAUAUUAUGCAUUCUGAUUUUUGUAAAUAUUUGGUACUAGUGGAGUUAUUUAAUUGAAUUAAUUUUCUGUGUAUUUUUGUGAUAUAUUAUAAUAAUAUUCUAAUAAUAGGCUAAUAUCUUCACGGUUUUGUGUGUAAAACACCAUGUUUGUUCGCUCGCAAAAUCCGCACAUGCUUGUACCGUGAGCUUACGCGAUCUACGUUGUAACGACUAUGACAUCGCGGACAUCAGACAUCAUGUGUAGUAGCGAUAUUACGUGUAUGGCUUGCAACGGCAUGGGUAUCAGGGACACCGGACUGCUUAUGGGGUCAAGUCGUUGUUAGAAUUUAAAACGACGAACGUCGGCGAAGUCGCGAAUGCCGCGUCUGGCGAAUUACGAUGGUCUUUCGUCGUAAGAAUUCGAAAGAGAGAAAAGGCACUUAAUCAUUUAAUCGUCAUCCGUAUGUGUUUUUUCAUGUUCUGAUAAUUUUAUCUUGAGAACAACUAAAAUUCGAAAAGCGUAAACAUUUAGAUAAAGAUAUUAUAUAAUACAAUAUCGUUUCAGCACUCGAGAGCAUCAGCAAAGCUUUAAACCGACGUUUCCGAUGCAGAAAUCUCAUCGUCGCGCCGGAGAAAAACGCGAAUGGCGAGAGACUUCGCUCAGCAUAGCAAACGAAAUGGCGCAUCUUUACGUUCUCUUUAGAGUCUUUCUUAUCUUCGGUUUACGAUGCGAAUUCGUUGAAUAGUCAAUCACGAGAGUCCUGAGUGGGAUGCAGAAACCAGAAUGAAGCAAAAAAAUUGCCGUAAUCGAUGGAUUUUCCUCUCCAUAGUCAAGAUUAACGUAUUACUUAUACGCGUUCACGCGUAACAGUUUUAUCUUUAUCGCAUAUUUGCAUAUGAAAUAUUAUAUGCAAAUAUGCAAUAUUAACAGUACAAAUUGAUUUCUCAAGUUUUUAUAUUUUCUUAUAAUAAAACUUCUUCAAGUUUUAUUAUUAUUAACUUUCUAUUAACUAUAACAAGAAAAUUUUAAGAAAUAAAAGCUAAAACAUUAAUUUCUAAACUUAAAAAAGCAGGUUGGAUUCCUGGUUCCAUCUGGUUUCCACUUAGAUUCAGUCGUCAAAAUUAUUAGAAUCAUUGAAUUUUAAAUAGUCCAAAAAAACAAAAUAACAGCAAAAUAACAGUUGUACAUACUGUACAGUAAUUCACAUAUUUUUAUAUAUUAUAUUUUCAAAUUCUAUAUUAUAUAUUCUGCAUAUUAAAAAAUAUCAUCUUUCUGAGUUAUCAUAAAAAUUAUUCAUGUAAAUGUUACUUUGUUAUGCUUUCUGAGUUCAGAGAGAGUGAACAUUGAAUUCCAUUACGUAUGUCUGCAUGUUUGUUCCAUCAUGAUAAAAUAUUUAUCUCUCACAGACAGACAGAGAGAAAUAGAAUAGAUAACAUUUUUAAUAUCUAAAGGUAUAUAAUAAAAUCUAUGAAUUAUUACGCGUAUCUUGUCGUCCGAGAUUUUAACCCGCGAAUAUUUCAUUCGUCUUGUCGUUCUUUCUCCAUUUUAUAAAAGAGCAGCAGGCGAGAGGAAUAUACUCCGGCGCGCAACAAAUAUAAAUGGAAUCGUGAUAAUCUCGUCGUCGCCGGCGGCGAGCACUCGCAUGCACGCGCGCACCAGCGAAGAAUAUUCUUCUCAGCAUCCAGAACAGCACAGUGUACUAAUACCGAUGCGACGCGGAUAAAAAUGCGGCUGGUAAUCAGCGUUUAUAUGAAAAACACUCCGACACUCCCCGACAUCCAUCCCCUGACAAACUAUUCCCGAACGACGUCGGCGCUCUGCGAUGUCGCGAUAUUACUCAAGUCUUGUCUGCUUUCGCGAACAGAGCGAACCGCUCCGCACUUUUCUCCUGUCGGCUUCCGUCCUCGACACGAAAAGCGGAAAAUAGCUGGUACUUUAGACGGAUAACGCGACACGGCCACACCCCACCUCCCGCCGCCCCUCGCUUAUGCGACUUUUCUGCAGAUCCUCGUCGCAAAUCUUUUUUAUUUGCUCGUCCGCUCGCAGGCGUCAGCUUUUUCAAAUUAAGCAAAGUAGCAGAAGUAAUGGCUCAUGUUAAAUGUAACGACCAUUUCAUUUCAUAUCUCAUCCGUUAGGUAUUAUUUAGGAAUGCUUGAAUGCUUGUGCGGUUUUUUGCCGCGCAGAUUGCCUUAACCGGCAUUAUGGGCUUCAUCAUGAAACUUCGUCGUAUGCUUUAAUUUCAAAUGCAAUAUUAAACGGAUGUCUGCAUGCUACGAUAUAAUGUCAUAUGUAGAACGCAAAAUUUGCGACAAACAUAUUGUCACUAAAAUUUGAAAUUUAUUCUCCUUUAUAAGAUAUAUCAAAUGAAAAGUUAGUACAGAAUAGGAAAGCACUUUUGUAAGGCAUUAUUAAUCAUAACUUUUCCGAGCGCAAAUACAUUCCAGGUUUCGCAAGACACAGUGCAUGUCCGCUCUCUCGCGAAUUCUGGAACACUGUAAAUGUUCCUGCGCCACGAAACUGACACUCCAUCGACAGUUGAAAGGGAUAAGGGGUGAUUAUCGACGACCAUGUGCAAUUUCGGCGACGUCACUCUGUUGUCUCGCGCGGGGCACAAUGCAGCCGGCGGCGCAAUGACAAGCCUCGUCGUGAAAAAUUGGCCCUCGCCACUGAAAAGAGCGUAACACUGUGUUUCCAGCGCGAUAAGUGGGUCUGAAUAAAAUAUGAUUAACGACGGGUCGUUACUCUUGUGCCAAGUUACCGCGGCCGCCAUCAUGCCGAGGGAAGCAUGCAUCGCGUGUACCUUUCGUCUUUCGUCAACAUUGUCUUGGUACGAAACAAUUUCGGACGGUAAAUCAUGCCAAGAAUUCAACAGGAAUAUAUUCCGGGACGUACUCUAAUGACAAAUUCUUUGAGAAAUCUCGACACAUUCGCGGCUGAAAGUUUAAUAAACGACCGUCGAUUGCGGUAAUCCUUCUCUUCAUCCUCGGCACGGAGCAAAAUCUAAUUUAUAAUGACUGCAAAGUGCGCAUAAAAUUAAUUCGAUAAUACAUUUAUUAAUAAAGCAACGAUAUGCGCGAUUUCAUCGUCCACUCAUUGCCUGCUUAAUUAAUAUUUCAUGCAUCAUUUUUUUAUUAGGGUUUAAAUUAAUAGUGAUUUAAUUCUCGAGCUGCUGUGUCAGGCGCGCUGAAUUACAUUUUCUGGAAAGAGAUCUAUUCAGAAUUAAUUUCGCUCCGGGAAAAAAAUCUGUCUUGCAAUGUUCCUCGCGUAAAUGCGCGACAGACGGCUGCGGAGACUUUUACUUCUAAUGAACGAUCGUGGUCUAAUACAAUUAAUGGCUUACCGUGAUAUCCGAGCCGAAAAAUCCGGGCUUGUGCGAAUUGGAUUCUAUCGCGAUUUUCAGGCACCAUUAGCGAUGCUCAACCCUGCGGGAGUCUCUACACUCAGCCGGCUCAUUUGGGGACCAUUUGGACUCCGUGGCCGCGAGCGGGGUCCAAUUGGGUACAAGGCCGGAAUAGCUAAAUCGCAGCAGCGUCGUGAAAAUUGCUGCGACGCGCGUGACGAUCAAUGCGGAAUAUCAAUGGAGAGAGCAGAGGGUCGCGUUCAGCCACGCAUAAAUUAACAGUUUGCCGAUGCGUCCACUCUUUUGGAACAAUAUCGAGUAACGUAAACACUGAUUUUACUAUUUAUAGAUCGAAAUUCACAAUUAUUAUAUCGAUUUAUAAUCUCACGUUUCUUUGGUCAAAACAGAAACUAUUAAUUUUCAUUAUUAUUCGGUAAUUCUAUAUACCAGGAUAUACUCGAAUAUAGAUGGAAAAUAUUUUAAAAUGUAAAACUAUUUUAAAGAGAGAGGGAUACGUGCACACAAGAGAGAUUAUUCAAAAUCUGAACAAGUUUUGUAUUAAUUUCUAGAUAUUCCAUAUAUUUCUAUAGGUAUAUUUUUGUUUUAUUAAAAUACAGAAAAUAAGUCAUUUCUACUAAAAAAGCAUCGAUGUUUCGAUGAUAUAGAAGUAUUGUAGGGAUCCCGAAACGCGACUGGAGAUAGCGAAGGAGGUAUCGAAAAUUCUUGCGUUUUGGUUUGGACGGCGGCCAAGGACGAAUUGCUCAACAUCGAUACUGGCGUCUAUGUUGUCGAUGCAUCCUCCCUUCCCACCCUUCCGUUCGUCAAGUAGACGGACAAUGUCACGAGAACGAUAAUUGUUAUGCGCGAUUACGCGAGUCGAAAACAAUAAUCGCGAGUCAAUGCACGUACAAGUGGACGCGUAUAAAAGUACGCCAUCCCGAGAGUACGAGCAUCAAUCGAUCUUCGAUCUCCGAACUCUUCGAAGCCUCCCAACUUUCCCACUAGCUGACAUGAAGUGUUUUGCUGUCAUCGCUCUGCUCGCCCUGGUGGCCGCCGCGGCUGUCGCGGAGGCGAAACCCACCGGGGUGGAGUCCAUCGAGCCGGCACAGGCCGAGCCCGGUUCGCCGGAAGCGGCCAGGAACAAGAGAGGGUUGCUGGUGAGCGCGGCUUACACGGCGCCGCUCGCUUACAGUGCAUACACUGCGCCGGCCGUGGCGUAUUCCGCAUACAGCUACCCCUACGCAUACACGGCCUAUUCGAGCUACCCCUAUUACGCCGCCGCUUACAGCGCGCCCUACUAUGUGGCCUAGAUACACGCGGCCAUACCAGCCCGAAGGAACACGCGAAACUACCCGGCCAGCCUCUGAUUUCACGACGGUAAAGGAUAACUGUAGCUGCACGAGGAGGAGGAAGAAGAGGGAUGCACUCGCAAUGCAAUCACGCAGGAUAAUUUGUCGGGAAAAACGCGACUGACACGUCCGCGAUCGAUCUAUCAAGUGGAUAUAAUAUUCAGCCGGGCACGUUUUCUUCAAGAAAGCAGUCGAUUUGUUCAAGAUAUUGCUCACAAUCAUCGUCCGUGGACAAUAUUAUUCAUGGAAAUGCGAAAUGGACUGUUUGUCGUUCAUCCGAGGAUUCGAUUAUCGAAAGAGAUUUGUUUCAUACGCUAUCUGACCCGAAUCACGGUCCGCGGUUUGCUCUGGGGGCUAUCGACCUCUAUCCCUCCGCGAAAUUAAUUGAACGUCGCGUGAAAAUAUUCAACACGUGAAAAAAAACGAUCAUGAUGUAAGAAGUGACCGUUCGUGCGCGUGGUGAAGCCAUCAAAAGAAUCGCAAACGAGCAAGAAGCGCACCGGAAAUCAGGUUUUACUUGAGUAAGGUAUCUUGCUCCUCGUGGAAGCUUGCCAGUGAUAUCUCUUACAACUACAUCUAUGAAUUACAUCUAUCUAUGAUUCGCCUCGAGGAAACUAUUCUCUUUUACACCGUCUAUUUGAGCUAAAUUUACACACUUUAUCUUUCUCUUUCUCUCUCUCUCUUUCAAUCUUUCAAACGUAUACAUGCAGUAUCUCUUAUUAAAUCUAUAUGUUUAUACGAAAAUGAAACGGACUAUCCACCAUGGAUUUGUACGAAGGGAACAUUUGAAACGCGAUGUUACAUCAUACUUUAUAAAACAUAAAAAAACAUUUUUCUGACGAACGUUGUCAAAAAUGUCUCUUCGUGCACAUAUUACAUUUAUAAAUGUAAAUUUACUGGAAAUACCUCGAUUAUACAUAGCAUAUUUACAUACAUAGUUCUGUUAUCUCACCUAAAUGUUUGCACGGAUCGGAAUUUUUAAGGGAAAUAUUCGCAGCGCGAUUCUGUAUUUAUCGCAUAAAGCAUAAGAAAAAUAAUUGACGAAACGCUGUUAAUAAUUUUCCUUUAUGCGUGUGUACUUCUCUAAACGAAUAUUUGUUGUAUUUAUAAGUUAUAUAAAUCACUGUUAAAGAAUAAAUAUUAACAUGUAAUAUGCACAAUAAUAUACUCAGAGUAUUUUCCUCUGUCCUUCCCUAGGUCCUUCCUAUCCCGUUUUAUAAAACAUAUAAUUAGCUAUAAAAGCGACAGCGUACUUUUCCACAAAUAUAACUUUUCAGUUUUUUCUCUGCAAAGCUUUAAAAAAAUGUAACAAGUAAUAUUUAAUAUUAAAAGAUCUCUCCCUUUCUCAACAUCCAUCGAAACUUUGCUCUCCGGUUAAUUCCGCGAGCGAGCUUCACUUGAACAGAAUUUUAAUCGAGACGUACGUAUCGCAGAAUAUUUAAUGUUAAACAGUUAUUAAAGUUAACCGAGUUACGUGAUAUUCCAAGUUAUGCGGAAGUGCAGGUCUCGCGGGAAAAUAUCCCGCUUAGCCUAGAUAUCGCGGAGUGCUACUUUCGUGGAUAGGUACAACUACCCCCUUGACAACGACGAAUGCAUUUUUAAACGUACACCUUUAGUAAGACUUUACAAGCACUCAGGAGAAUACCUGCGAGGAAUGUGCCGCGAAAAACCGCGAGGAAAAUUCCUGCAACAGAUCUCGUAUCUCAAAAGCAGCGCUUAACACGGCUUAAAAAUAUGAAGCCAUCGAUCGAGCUUAUCUUUUACAUUUAUCAAGUAUAAAAGAGCAUUUGAGUAUACGUCCGCUUGUAAUUUUAUUCUUCGUCUUUUUUUCGUUUUUUAUUAUCUCCUUCCUCUCUUUCCCCAUCCAAUUCACGUGUUACUUUAUACACAUAAAAUCUUAUUUUUCUCAUUAAAUAAUGUCCUAUUUUUUUCGAGAUAUUUCAUCAAUCUCGUAAUUUAAUAUAUUUGUUACAAUCUUUGGAGAGAGGGAAAAGGAUCAAUGUGCAGAAUAAAUAACAAAUGUAAAACUGGUAUUUUAUUAAUAAACAAUAUUAUCAAAAUACAUCUCGUAAUAAAAUGAACGAUAACGCGGUAUUAUUUUUAAAACUAACUUAAGAAACAAAAUAAAUAAAUAACAAUAAAUAAAUAAGAGAAUAAUGAGAAAAGUCUUAGAUUGCAAUAAACGGAAAACACACUGACGGUUACAUAAAUUGAAGAUUCAAUUUAUAAUUUGAAUCUUGUCUGUUGCUUCACUCCAACGGACA